CUGCCCCGCCCGCGCCCCGCCCACGCCAUGCUCGCGUCCCGCAUCCCGGCCUGCCCCGCGGGGGUCCACCACCACCCGGUGGCGGUAGCGGCGCUGGACACGGACAGCGACUGCAGCAGCUGCAGCUGCACCGCGUCCCCGUCGGAGCGCGCCAGCUCGGCCAGCCUCAGUGACAGCCCCGCCAGCAGCCCGAGCCCCAGCGGUGACAGCGACCACGCCGACGCCAACAGCCCUGUCUGCGCCGCCGAGCUCGCCGACAAGCUCAUCAUGGGCUCCCUCAAGCGGCAGCGCGAAAGCGAGGACAGCUGGUACGCCAGCACGCCGGAGCGGGGCCGGCACGAGGCGCUGCUGCGCAAGGCCCUGGACGUGAUCCUGGAGGAGGCCGUGUUCGGCGGCACGAGCCGCACCGGCAAGGUGUGCGAGUGGCGAGACCCCGAGGAGCUCCGCAAGGCCAUGGACCUGUCGCUGCCCCACGGCGACACCGAGGGCCCCGCGGACGACGCCACGCUGCUGCAGCUCGUCAGGGACACCAUCAAGUACUCCGUCAAGACGGGGCACCCGUACUUCAUCAACCAGCUGUACUCAGGCCUGGAUCCGUACGGCCUGAUCGGCCAGUGGCUGACAGACGCGCUCAACCCCAGCGUGUACACGUACGAGGUGUCCCCCGUGUUCACGCUCAUGGAGGAGGCCGUCCUGCAGGAGAUGAGGAACAUCGUGGGCUUCCCCGUGGACCAGGGCGACGGCAUCUUCUGCCCCGGCGGCUCCCUCGCCAACGGCUACGCCAUCAGUUGCGCGCGCUACCACCACUUCCCCGAAGUCAAGGUCAAGGGGAUGCACGCGCUGCCGCGCCUGGCCGUGUUCACGUCGGAGGACGCGCACUACUCGGUGGUCAAGAUGGCCACGCUGAUGGGGCUGGGCGCCGAGAACGUGCGCCUGGUGCGCGCCGACACGCGCGGCCGCAUGGACGUGGCCCACCUGGAGGAGCUGGUGGCGGCGGCGCGCGAGGAGGGCGUGCACCCGCUCAUGGUGUCGGCGACGGCGGGCACCACGGUGCUGGGGGCGUUCGACGCGGUGGACGCGCUGGCCGACGUGUGCCAGUGCCACGGCAUGUGGCUGCACGUGGACGCGGCGUGGGGCGGCGGCGCGCUCAUGUCGCGGCGGCGGCGCCACCUGCUGCGCGGCGUGCACCGCGCCGACUCCGUCACCUGGAACCCGCACAAGCUGCUGGCCGCGCCGCAGCAGUGCUCCACCUUCCUGACGCGCCACUCCGCCGUGCUGCCGUCCGCGCACUCGGCGCACGCCGCCUACCUCUUCCAGCCCGACAAGUUCUACGACACGCGCUACGACACGGGCGACAAGCACGUGCAGUGCGGCCGGCGCGCCGACGUGCUCAAGUUCUGGUUCAUGUGGAAGGCCAAGGGCACUCUGGGGCUGGAGAAACACAUCGACCACCUGUUCGACAACGCGACGUACUUCAAGGAGGCCAUUCGGUGCCGGCCCGGCUGGGAGCUGGUGCUGCGAGAGCCGGAGUGCACCAACGUGUGCUUCUGGUACGUGCCGCCCAGUCUGCGUGGCCAGCAGGGCCAGCCCGACUACAACCAGCGCCUGCACAAGGUGGCGCCGAAGAUCAAGGAGGGCAUGAUGAAGGAGGGCUCCAUGAUGGUGACGUACCAGCCGCUGCGCGGCCUGCCCAACUUCUUCCGGCUGGUGCUGCAGAGCUCGGCGACCACCGUCGAGGACAUGGACCACUUCAUCUGCGAGAUCGAGCGGCUCGGCUGCGGCCUCUAGCCUGUUCUGUUCUCCGGAACUCGACUUAUUUAUCUCCCCUUGUUUGUUAGCAGCGCGGCAACGCGGCAACGCCGGCGUCGGGAAGCGGAGUGAGUUCCAUUCCGUACCCGUCUGCGAGUAGUCGCUUGUCAUAGGUGUCUCAUUAGUGCCGCAGCUCGCACCUUAUUUAUACAUAUGUACAUAGAACGGGCUGUCAUGUUUGUUCCGAGCGUCCACGGGCACGGACGUGCGAUGUGUUGAUUUCAUGUGAUAUUUCAUGUCUAGUAGUGUCGAAGAGCUAAAUUUAUUGUUUGUUGAGUGCGUGUACCACACUUCUCCUCGAGGCAAAAAAAAAUGCAUAAAUAGGCAA